GGCGGUUUCGGAUUGGCGCCAUCACCGCCGCCGACGUUGAUGGCCACGGAAGCCAAGUCGUUGGGCUCGUCAAGGAGUCAGGCCGCUCUCGAAACAUGUGCAUCCAAUGACUUUACCCCUGUACUUGGCCUUUCUGCAUCUCGAAGCUGCGUGAAGAUCAUGACGUCAUCGAGGAGUCAAUCUCGAGUGUCCAACUCCCCCAGCCAAACCAAGGUCUCCAACCUUGUCGUUGCGCAAUCCGAGGGCGAGAUUGCCCGAGACUUUUUCGUCGAUUGCGGCACCCAUACGUUUCCCUACGGUGCUCCUGUCGUUUUCACAGACCUGUAGAGUCUAGUAGUAAAUUUAGGCACCUUUGCUUAGGUGAAUCAUACCAAAUGGACCCCAGCCUUCCAGGAGAUGCCGAAGUCGCGGCGCAACGGGAGAUCUGUGACAACGUCGAAGACUGGACCGAAGCCCUCGUGGACACCAUCGACGACCUGCUCCAGUGGAAGGACCAGAUGAUCGCUCUGCACGCGCUUCCCACCAACGCCAUUGCGGGGCUGGUGCUGCUGUCGUCUCGGUUCUGUCGGUGCAAAGGCCACCUCCAAGCCGAGCUCGCACGCAUGCUGGACAUGACGCAUAGCCUCAUUGGGAACCUCCUCCUGAACAGCCACAUCCAACAGUACAAGACUAACAUGAUCGAUAUGAGCGUCGCCAUGGACAACGAGAAGAUGGUGCUUGCGGAAGAGCAAUGCAAGCUCCGCGCAGCACUGGCGCAACUGACCCUCGUAAAGGCGUCGCAUCGGAUGUUCCGGUGGACGCGGCUCUCCAGUCGUCUGCGCGAGAAGGAGCUCACCCACGAGUUGGAGCGGCAGGCGAGUCUGUUUGAUGCCAAGCGCGAAGAGUUCCAUCAAGUCGUCAAAGUCCAGCGCGAGCAAAUCACGGCCCUGACGGACACGCUGGCGUCGCUGCAGUCGACCAACGCCGCGCACGCCGCCCCCAAGACCAAGAUCGUCCUCAUGCCCGCCACUGCCGCCACCCAGGCGAAAGCGGCUCGUCUCAAGUCGGCUCCAGUUCGAUCGGUGGGGUUCGAACGACCCACGCCUUCUCAACGGGGGGACGCUCAAUGGAAUGACGGGAAGAGCCCCAACACCCCGCCGGCGAAGUCCAAGCGACAGCAGCCCAACCAGCCGCUGCCAUUAAACAAUAACCAAGAAAAGUCUAUCGACGGAGUGGUCGCCGUGGUGAAACCGCCCGCGAGGCCGCGCACAUCGGGGGCCACACCAAGAGGACGGCGCCAGCAGGCCCAAGGAGUCCCAGCGACGGCGUUGGAGUGGCGGUCGCCUCAGGACAUGUCGGUGGAAGAGCGGCGGGUGCAUUAUAAAAAAUCGUGGCAAGAGCAACGGCAAAAGCAGCGGGACGAGGCCACUGCCAAACAUUUGGACCAUGUCAAGUUGGAUCUCCAUGGGGUCCCCCCUAUGCAACAAGAAGCCCCCGACACGACCGACAACGAUGUUCUGCAACUCGAAGUAGGCGAAGCUGCGACAUCUGUCGUGGCGUUGGCGCACGGGAACAACGCACUCAUCAAUAGUUUAGGCGUUCGAAAAGAUAAACCAAAACGUUAGCAUCAGUGUAAUCGUGUUCAUGUCGUCAGAGGCGGUCACUUUAGGAGCGCGAACGGUGGCGGCUACGCGGAGGGGGCGAGCGGCGACGCGCCGGGGAGCGCGAACGAGAUCGGCGACGCGGACUGCUUCGUCGCGGGGGGGUUCGGCUGCGGCUGCGGCUGCGACGACUGCGACGGUCGCGGGAACGGGAGCGAGACCGAUCCCGUCGGUCCCGUCGACGAGGAGAUGACGCUUGGCGGUCACGCUUGCGCAUUUCUUGCGGCGUCUUGCGCUUUUCCUGCGCCAUGACUACAGUCAAGCGGUUGCCGUCGAGUUCGCGGCUGUCGAUUUCCUUGAUCGCAGCUUCGGCGCCUUCGAGGUCGGUCAUUUCGACAAACGCAAAGCCUCGCGAUUGCUUGGUGUAGAAGUCGAGAGGGGUGUACACGUCGCGGACUUCGCCAUAUUGAUUGAAAAGCUCCUUCACGUCGUCCGCAGAGGUGGAUUUGUUGAGGUUUCGCACCAAGAGCGAGACGCCAGCCUUGCCUCCACCGCCUCCACGACUGCGGCUGCGGCCGCGGUCCUUCUCGUCGCGCGAGCGCGAGCUCGUUCGCUCUCGAGACACACUUCUGUGGACCGAGUCUUUACGGCGCUCUUCGCUGCCAGAGACGGCUCGGUGGUCGGCACUCCCGGCGGAGAGCGAGCGGCUACUCGAACGGCGAACAUCGUCGUGAUCACUCAUUUUUGUACAGAGCUCGAGUCGAGUAUUCGUGGCCCCUGGCCUGCCAAUG